AUGGCCGCGGCGUUGCGCGGCCGACGGCGCUUCUGGCUGCCGCUGGCGGCGGCGGGCCCGGGCCGGCUCGGCUCCCUGGGUGCUGCCAUGCAGCAGCCCGCCGCUGUCCCGGCGCGGCCGGGCGGCCCCGAGGGCGGCGCGCAGGCAGGCGGCGGGGGCUGGCUGGGCGCGCUGCGCUUCGACAACCUGGCGCUGCGCUCGCUGCCGGUGGACGGCUCGGAGGACGGCGGGCCGCGGGCCGUGCCCGGCGCCUGCUUCUCCCGGGUGCGGCCCAGCCCGCUGCAGAACCCGCGGCUGGUGGCCAUGUCGCUGCCGGCGCUGGCGCUGCUGGGGCUGGAGGCGCCCGCGGCCGAUCGGGAGGCGGCGGAGGCCGAGGCGGCGCUGUACUUCAGCGGGAACCGGCUGCUGGCGGGCUCGGAGCCGGCGGCGCACUGCUACUGCGGCCACCAGUUCGGCAGCUUCGCGGGGCAGCUGGGCGACGGCGCCGCCAUGUACUUGGGCGAGGUGCUGGGCCCGCGGGGCGAGCGCUGGGAGAUCCAGCUGAAGGGCGCCGGCCUCACCCCCUUCUCCCGACAAGCUGAUGGUCGGAAAGUCCUGCGGUCGAGCAUACGGGAGUUCCUGUGCAGUGAGGCUAUGUUUCACCUAGGAAUACCAACAACGAGGGCUGGAACCUGUGUGACAUCCGACUCGAAAGUCGUCCGUGACAUAUUUUAUGAUGGGAAUCCAAAAAGUGAAAGGUGUACAGUUGUUCUGAGAAUAGCUUCCACGUUUAUAAGAUUUGGUUCUUUCGAAAUUUUUAAACCUACUGAUGAAUACACAGGACGCAAGGGUCCCAGUGUUAACCGAAAUGAUAUUCGAAUACAGAUGCUUGAUUAUGUGAUCAGCACUUUCUAUCCAGAAAUCCAGGAGGCUUAUUCAGACAACAGUAUUCAGAGGAAUGCUGCUUUCUUCAGAGAGGUAACAAAACGGACCGCGAGAUUGGUUGCUGAAUGGCAAUGUGUUGGGUUUUGCCAUGGCGUGCUGAAUACAGAUAAUAUGAGCAUAGUUGGACUAACCAUUGACUGGCCUUUUGGAUUUAUGGACAGAUAUGACCCUGAGCACAUUUGCAAUGGUUCAGAUAAUACAGGGCGCUAUGCUUACAACAAGCAGCCAGAGAUUUGUAAGUGGAACCUGGGGAAGCUUGCUGAAGCUCUAGUUCCAGAGCUGCCCUUGGAAAUAAGUGAACUCAUCCUGGAAGAGGAAUAUGAUGCAGAAUUUGAGAAACAUUAUUUGCAGAAGAUGAGGAAGAAACUAGGCCUAAUCCAGCUGGAAUUAGAAGAAGAUAGUAAGCUGGUGUCUGAACUCCUCGAAACCAUGCAUCUCACAGGUGGAGACUUCACAAAUAUUUUCUACUUGCUGAGUUCGUUCUCAGUAGACUCUGAUCCUUCAAAAUUGGAAGGUUUCUUAGAAGAGCUUACAAGUCAGUGUGCUUCUGUGGAAGAACUAAAAGUUGCUUUCAAACCGCAGAUGGAUCCAAGACAACUGUCAAUGAUGCUAAUGUUGGCUCAGUCUAAUCCUCAGCUGUUUGCAUUAAUUGGAACAAAAGCUAAUAUAAAUAAAGAAUUAGAACGCAUUGAACAAUUCUCUAAACUGCAGCAAUUAACAGCAGCUGAUUUACUCAGCAGAAAUAAAAGACACUGGAAAGAAUGGCUGGAGAAAUACAGAGUCCGUUUGCAAAAAGAAAUAGAAAGUGUUAGUGAUGCUGAUGCCUGGAACACUGAUCGUGUGAGGGUUAUGAAUUCAAACAAUCCAAAAUAUGUCUUGAGAAAUUAUAUUGCCCAGAAUGCCAUAGAAGCAGCUGAAGGUGGGGAUUUCUCAGAGGUAAGAAAUGUAUUGAAACUCUUGGAGAAUCCAUUCCAAGAAGCAGAAGGUUUCAGGGAGGUAAAGGAAGAUGCAGAAGAGGAGGGAGCAACUGCUACAGCAGCUGCUUGUGCUCAAGAGACCAGAAGCAGACUACCAUAUUGCAGUAAACCUCCGCUGUGGGCUUCAGAGCUCUGUGUUACAUGAUCUUCGUAACUGCCUUGUUUUGUUUUUUGCUGUAAACUGAAGACUCUGAUCCUCCUUCAGCAGUGAAGAAUUCAGCAAGGCAAACAUCAAAGUGCUAUUAAGUUAUUGAAACAACCCUACAUUUGGAUGCAUCUGCAACAGUCUUCAGCUGUGCUUAAUUUGAAGCAAUCGUGGAUCAUAGGAACAAACCAAUGACAAUCGACAGUCUGUACACAUCAGUAAUUUAAAUGGUUUGAGACUGAAAGUCUUUCCUUCAUUCAUACCGCACUGCAAGUAGAAAGCAAUAUUUUAUGUUGAGGCAGGCUGAAUUUCAAACAUCCAAAUGGAGUUGUUGUUAUGUGAAGACAAAAAUAGCAAGUCAGGAAUCUGAUCUGUUUUUGUCUGAUGUCUUAACUAAUAGUACUUCUAUCAUUUAUUUACUGCUUUCUCUAUGCAGGGACUUUUAGUCCUCUUUAAUGGAGGAAUAGAUUCAGUGUUGCUUGUUUGAAGCUAUGUUUCAUUUAAUUAAGUAGUUCAUUUCUUGUGAACCUUCAGAUUGAUAUUUAAUCAUUAUCUAUUUUCAGAGAAUUUGUGCAGGCUAGGGGUUGGGGGGAGCAAUUGAAUUUUUUUUUUUAAAUACAUUAAGAGCAGAAUUAAGGGAGACUAUAUACAUUUGCACUUGAAAAACUUGGUGGUGAAGUUUAUUCAGGUUCAGUAUGUUUGCAUACAACACGUGUAAAUAUUUACUGAAAUCAUGGGUGCAGUUUGUAAGCCAGUUGAAUUGGGCAAGGUCAGUUAGCCAAAUUAGUCUGAACCUUAAACUAUCCCAGUACUCAAAUCCAGGUUCAUUGUCUGUUUAUUUGUGUGCUCUUAACAGAGUCUCCUUGUAUGAGAAGCGUGCAGGUGGGAUACCUGUUCGUUCACACUGGUCAGUGGGACUCUUCCAUUCCCACUCUGGUCUUGCACCAUGUAGUUUGCUUCCAUGGUCUUUGAAAAUCUGUACGCUGAAAGUUGCCGUUCAGGAACAUGCUAUUUGAGGUUGUGUAAAAGAUUAUAGAGGAUAUGGGAGGAGGAUGGGAGCUGACUUGCUUGCAAGUUACUUAUUGAUAGUGUUUCAGUUGAGGUUUCAGGGGAAAGUUGGUUGCCAUUAUUGCCACGUCAGCAAAAAAAAGUUGUUCCGUAGUUGGUUAUUACUUAGCUUUCUGAACUUCUUUCUAAAGGACUCUAUUACUGGUUCAGACGCCUGAAAGCUUGGGAAAAGUUGGGUUUAAUGCAAAGGUUUCUCUUUUCCAAAGAGACCACCGUUUUACACUGUGAGUUUAAGUGUACUCUAGUAAAUUCUUCCUCCACCUCUGUGCAAGCUUGGUAUUAGCUCAGGUUGAAUUGUGCUCUUUUAAGUCUUCCUCAAAAUACAAGCUAUCAAAAAACAGGGAGAACAGUUGGGCUACUGCUUAUCCAUCUCUACGAAUAAUCAAUUUGUCCUCCUUGCUGCCACAGUAAAUAGGUGAUGCUUUGCAUGUAAGCAUUCGUUCUGUCUUGCCUUCGACCCAGAGAAACUGAUGCCGAAUAAUGAUUUGUGACAAACUAGAAUCUCUGACAAACGCGGCACUUUCUGUGACGUUUUGGAGUCCUUACAGAAAAGGACAAACUUGAAGGUGUAUUUACCUAGUCCAUGGAAGAAUGGUGUCGUUGAAAGAGGAAGUACCUUGAAGAAGUGGGCAACAAGUAAUGCUAGCCGGUGCAGCUGGUCAUCUUCUAGAAAGAAUCCAUUUUGUAGGAGUUUGAGACUUUCAUCGGGGAUUAUCCUUCCUCUCAACUUGGGGGUACUGGAAGCAAACCAUUUAAUGGAAACUUUAACAGAAAGUCAAUGCUGGGCAAAAAGAACUGCACCGGGGAAGGGAAGUGUGCUAGCAAUUUGAAAGACGCUUCAAACAUACCCCUGGCAAAUUUGCAGAACCAGUGGUGUCUCAUGGUAUGCCUGGUCCAGAAGGGAGUUAAUGAGCGGGGAAGUUGCUCCAAGGUGAUCAACACAACUCUGUGCUGAUUUUGUUUCUCAAUUUAUCUCUUUCCUUUUGGGAGGCAAAAGGGAAGAGUGUUUUGGAGCUCUGCCCAAGCUUUUGGCUUAACAGAAUGGUCUAAAAAGUAAUGAUUUUACACCAUACCUAAGGGAUCAAGUCUUUUUAACAGCAUUCUGAUAUUAAUUUGGGGGGGUUGAGUAGAUCUCUCUUAAUAAUGGUAUGGAGAAGGAGAAUGAUAUUAUAAUCGGGUGUUUGGACAUAGGAGAACUUGAAUUAAGUACCAAAUUAUUUUGCAUAUAAAGAUAGAAAUUAUUUUGCACCUAUAAUGCCAAAAUCAUGGAGCGAGAGAUACUUUGAAGUAAUUUGCUAGCAAUUUUAUCCUUAGAAAGGGAAAUUUAAUGUAACAGUGAGGAAUGAAAAUGUGGUGGUGUUUCCCGCUAAAUACAUUCUUUGCUUACAUAUAGAUCAAGUGCAAGAAGUCUAGAAAGCUUGAAAUGAUGAAUGCAGACCCUUGGUGUGGCUGCUUUGGUGUGCCGCUCAGUAAAGUUAUAUUUGCAAUAGAUGCAGUACGUUCACCGACGGGUAGAAAUACUAAGAGGGUAUUCACAUAGUCUUAAGUGCACUGACAUUCAACUGCUCUGUUUCUCAGUGCAUGCAAUAAUAUCAGUACUUUGUGUUUGAAGAAGCGUGAUGACCAGAAGCCAAGUGGUACGCUUGUGCUUUUCCAGCACUCUCAUUUUAAAAGGCGGGUAGUAGUUUCAGCUCUGAUAGCGAGUUUCUUCUGUUCUUGUUCCUGGAGCAGUGUGGAAGCAGGAGGUUGUUCAGGACAAUUAGACCAAAUUUUGUCCAGGUAAGGACUUUAUCUCUUAGCUCAGUUCUUCAGAGAGAAUGGACUACACCUUGUAACAUUUGGGAGUCUAAAUACUUGAAUCAUAAAUUGCUUCUUGAUUUUUACAGCUUGUAUUUGCAAUAUGUAAACAUGAAAAUAAUAUUUCUUAUUGGUCAAGUAUUCCGCUUGUUUCAAAGCCAUGGACUUGUGCUCAAAAUGAAUUGGUGACUCUUCACAUCAAUGGCUUUCUGUGGAAACACUUAGUCUGUGUCUAUACAGCCUGAACUACCCUUGCAUAAAAGCAAGUGGUACCCAGAUCACAAAACUGAAAGGAGAAGCUCUUGGAGACAUGUCUCUGGAUAGCCUCACGUGGUAGUGGGACUCUUCUCACGACUUCAUAAGAUUUCACCAUAACUCUGCUUCAUGAGCUUGUAAAUCUACAAUUGCCGAAUGUUUUACUGUCAGCUCUCACUUUGGAAUGUUUUGUGGGUUGGUUUUUGUUUUGUUUUGUUUUUCCAAACAAGUGCUAUGGCUUUCUUUGAUUCUUUUAUUAAAAAAAUUAAAAAUGCAAUUUUAA